AAAGAUGAGACUCAUUCGUGCACUGACUUGCCUCUGGUGAACAUUGUAACAUUUAAAGAGUGCAAACUAACCAACUUCAAUUUCGAUACUUGUACAAGGACUUGCCAAGCCCUACAAUGUUGCGCGUGGCUGCCGUGACAUUGUCGCUGCUGGCGACGCUGAUAUCAGCAGAAAUCUACGGCGGGUUUCUCUCUUCCUGCCCGGCCGGUGCUGGUAUCACCGACCCAUACGUGAUGACCCAACAAUUCUGGAACUACUAUGGAGCGAAUCCCGUAAUUGGGAUGAAGCUUAUCGCCUACGACGGUACCUUAGAAGACGACAAACUGAGCUGUGUGAAAUUGAACCUCACGUUCGGCUUUAGGAACAUCACUCUAGGCCUCGAGGGAGUAAGAACUGGAUCAGGGACGCCUCCCCCUUAUGAGGGAAAAGGCGCGUCUUCUUCUAUGGACGGCUUCUUUCAGCUGGGGCCAUCUCCUCCACUCGCACCCUUCCCGUCUUUGGUCUUGGGGUCACCGUCGACGGGCAAAACAAGCGUCUACCUCGCGUACGUCUCAGCUACGGAGAUCGUCAUCAGGACCUGCCGUGGAGUGUUUUUGAACACACUCCAUACGCUGUACAUGUUCAGCAGUCAGAUGGAUGACCUUGCAGCGUUGGACUCAACGUGCUUGCUGAACACCGUGAAGUCUCUGCCCAACAACGGCGGCUUCAAACUCAAGUCAACCAAUUGGACCAACUGCGUGUAGUGAGCUGCCAGUUACCGUUACCACAGCCAAAACUGGGCUGGAGAUACGGUGCUUUUUCGUUGAACUGUCAACAAUAAGUGGCAAAAAGAAAUUGUUUUGUUUAACCUGUGUUAAAAAAAUUUUAAAAAAGGUAUCAUAAUCAAAUAUCAUCCUACCAUUAAACAAUUGUAAUUCAAUAAAUCAUUGCGGAUUAUAUUGCUUGCAAUGGAUAUCUACUUCCUAUUGAAUUUUACCGCGCGACAAAAGUUAACUAAAUCAGAGAAGUGAGUUGUUGAUAUAAUUUGAAUGAUAGACCGCUCCCAAAUUUUCGAACGAACCGAUGUAAGGCAGUUGGAGAAUAAAAGUAAGACGUGC